AUGGCUGCUGUGGCUGCUGCUCAAAAAAAUCGCGAAAUGUUCGCCAUCAAAAAGUCGUAUAGCAUCGAGAACGGUUAUCCCGCUCGUCGGCGUUCCCUUGUUGACGACGCAAGGUUCGAGACUUUGGUGGUGAAACAAACCAAACAAUCGGUCCUGGACGAGGCUCGCCUUAGGGCCAACGAUUCAAGCGUUGAUCCCGAAAUUGACAUCGAGGACAAACCGGCACAGAAAAUCGACGGCGAAGACGAUUCUGGCCUGACUGAGGAGGAAGUCGUCCUUUCUAAUGCCAUCGCCGAAGGGCCAGACGCUGAAAAGGCUCUGCAGCGUGCCGCCCUAAUCCUGCGUCUACGCGAAGGCAUGAACUCGCUCUCCAGAGUGCUCAAGAGCAUCGAAAAACACCAAGGGGCAGUAUGUCACCUGGAGACGCGACCCAACCAGAGCGACAACAACCAGCUGGACGCGCUCGUCAAGGUCGAGAUGACCAGAGUCAGUCUCUUGCAACUUAUCAAGUCGCUGAGGCAGUCCAGUUCGUUGGAACACUGCACUUUGAUUGGAGAGGAUAAUAUUUCGGCGAAGAAUCCCUGGUUUCCAAGACAUGCCAGUGAUUUGGACAACUGCAAUCAUCUGAUGACUAAAUAUGAGCCUGAUUUGGAUAUGAACCAUCCUGGGUUUGCUGAUAAGGAGUACAGGGCACGUCGUAAAGAAAUCGCAGAGAUUGCUUUUGCCUACAAAUAUGGAGACCCCAUUCCCUACAUCCAGUACACGGAAACCGAGACGAAGACCUGGGGCUCCGUGUUCAACACCGUCCUUGAGCUGAUGCCAAAACACGCUUGCAGCGAGUACUGUCGCGUGUUUAAAAUGCUCCAGGAAGAGGACAUUUUUACGCCGGAUCGCAUUCCACAGCUGGAAGAAAUGUCGAACUUUUUGAAACGCCACACCGGUUUUUCGCUGCGUCCGGCCGCCGGCUUGCUCACAGCUCGUGAUUUCCUCGCUUCUCUCGCUUUCCGCAUCUUCCAGAGCACCCAAUACGUCCGACACAAGAACACCCCGUACCACACGCCCGAACCGGAUUGCAUCCACGAACUUUUGGGCCACAUGCCCCUGCUGGCAGACCCCAGCUUCGCUCAGUUCUCGCAAGAGAUUGGAUUGGCUUCUCUUGGCGCCUCCGAUGCUGAAAUUGAAAAAUUAUCAACGGUGUACUGGUUCACCGUCGAGUUCGGCCUCUGCAAAGAAAGCGGCGUGGUGAAAGCCUACGGCGCCGGCCUCCUCAGCGCCUACGGCGAGCUCCUGCACGCCCUCAGCGACAAGCCGGAGCUGCGGCCCUUCGAGCCGGCCGUCACCGCCGUGCAGCCCUACCAGGACCAGGAGUACCAGCCCAUCUACUUCGUCGCCGAGAGCUUCGACGACAUGAAGGACAAGUUCCGGCGAUGGGUGUCGGCCAUGUCGCGCCCCUUCGAAGUGAGAUUCAACCCGCACACCGGCCGCGUGGAGGUGCUCGACUCCGUGGAGAAGCUCGAAACGCUCGUCCACCAGCUCAACACCGAAGUCCUCCACCUGUCAAACGCUAUAAACAAAAUGAAAGCGCCGUCGUAUCAGUGA